AGGGCCGCCGGAGCUCGCGGCUCCCGGGCCCACAGCGCGCGGCCGAGCUCGGGGCCCGGGUCACCAGGGGGCAAACAGGACAGAUCUGCGAGGCAGGCGAGAAACGUUGUUAUUUCAGCUCAGUACGCGCACAGCUGCCGCAGCGGGGCGGACGGGGCCGUGCCCUGUGUGUUCGGGCCCUUCUGGGUCCAGACUGGGGCGUCUGUCUCGCCCCCGUCACCGCAGGACCCGCCGUGUAGGUGUCGUCGUGUCCGGGGCUUGAGCGACGUUCCUCCAGCCCGUUGCAACAACAGCAACGCAAAAGACUGGGAGACCUGGCAAAGCGCAAAGUUAACAAAACCCCGACAGCAGAACUUAGUCUCUUAGCUUUUGAACUAGCGAUCCGACAGCACGGGGCGAGCCAGCUCUUCCGCUAUCAGCGCCUGUGCUUCCACACGCCGACACCAGCAGCAGCUCCUUCUGCCGGCGCGAAGCGAGGGCCGAGCGCCCUCCCUCCGGCGCCCCGCUGGCCGCCAGACCCGCUCGGGUCCGGGCUGCGGGCAGCGCGCUCGGCCGGCGCUGGCGACCCGGAAGACAGGGUGCCGUCUGACGCAGCAGGAGGUCGCUCUGUUUUUGUGUACCUGCCUGGGCAGACAAGUUUAUUCCCUCUCUUAUUUUGCAUGAGGGAGAGAGGGGGGGGCGAGGCAGAGAGAGGGGGAGAGAGAGGAGCUGUCUGACGGCGCUCAGCCCUCAGAAACGCGGACGGUCUCGACCUGCACGCACGCGGCUCGUGAGCGGUGAAGGACAGCGCACGGGGACACGGGCACCGAGCUCCGCGCGCCGGCGGCGGGACCCCUCUCGUGCCCAAGCGGCCAGCGUCGAUGCCCAUCGGAGAAGCCUUUCCUACUGUGACUCCUAGCGUUUCUCGGGACGCCCUGAAAUCCGGCUGAAAGAAACUUUUUCGUUUGAGAGAAAGAAACACGGCGCAUUUUCCGGCGGGGACUAUAAAGUUGUUGUCACGAAGGCUCACCGCAGUGAAGACUCGGAGGAAACUCGAGUGGGUAGGAGGGGAUCAGAGGGCGCACAGGACAAGUCCCGUGUCGGAGAGGCGCCCCUUUUCGCGCACAGCCCCCUCGUGUGAAUUUCGUGAGUGUGCUCGCCUCCGGGUCGCGACAUGGAAGUGGCGGCCGACCAGCCGCGGUGGAUGGCGCACCACCACGCCGUGCUGAACGGCCAGCACCCGGACUCGCACCACCCGGGACUGGCGCACAACUACAUGGAGCCCGCGGCCCAGCUGCUGCCCCCGGACGAGGUCGACGUGUUCUUCAACCACCUGGACUCGCAGGGCAACCCCUACUACCCCAACCCGGCCCACGCCCGGGCCCGGGUCUCCUACAGCCAGGCGCACGCUCGCCUCACCGGGAGCCAGGUCUGCCGUCCGCACCUCCUCCACAGCCCGGGGAUUCCGUGGCUGGACAGCGGCAAGGCCGCCCUCUCCGCCGCCCACCACCACAACGCCUGGGCCGUGAGCCACUUCACCAAGCCCGGCCUCCACCCCGCCAGCUCGGCGGGCCCGGGCGGGCUGUCCGCCGUGUACCCGCCCGGCAGCGGCUCCGCCACGGCCUCGGCGUCCACCCUCACCUCGGCGUCGCACGCCAGCCCCCACCUCUACAGUUUCCCCCCCACCCCGCCCAAGGACGUGUCCCCGGAUCCCGGCGCCGCCUCGCCGUCCUCCGCCGCCAGGCUGGACGAGAAGGAGUCCAUCAAGUACCAGGUGUCCCUGGCGGAGAGCAUGAAGAUGGAGACCCCCAGCCCCCUGCGAGCCAGCCUGGCCGCCAUGGGCGCCCAGACCCCGUCCACGCACCACCCCAUCCCCACCUACCCCGCGUACUCGCUGCCCACGGGCCACGAGUACGGCGGCGGCCUGUUCCACCCAGGCGGCCUGCUGAGCGGCGCCUCCUCCAGCUUCACGCCGAAAAUGAAGAGCAAAGCGCGGUCGUGCUCAGAGGGCCGAGAGUGUGUGAACUGCGGCGCCACGUCCACACCGCUGUGGAGGAGAGACGGCACAGGGCACUACCUCUGCAACGCCUGCGGGCUGUACCACAAGAUGAACGGCCAGAACCGACCCCUCAUCAAGCCCAAACGGAGACUGUCCGCGGCCCGGAGAGCCGGCACCUGCUGCGCCAACUGCCAGACCACCACCACCACGCUGUGGAGGCGCAACGCUAACGGCGACCCGGUGUGCAACGCCUGCGGGCUCUACUUCAAGCUGCACAACGUGAACCGGCCCCUCACCAUGAAGAAGGAAGGCAUCCAGACACGCAACCGCAAGAUGUCCAACAAGUCCAAGAAGUGCAAGAAGGGCCCGGAGGGGUUCGAGGAGCUGUCCAAGUGCAUGCAGGACAAGUCUUCUCCGUUCAGCGCCGCGGCCCUGGCGGGACACAUGUCCCACAUGGGACACCUGCCCCCCUUCAGCCACUCGGGACACAUCCUGCCCACCCCCACGCCCAUCCACCCCUCCUUCGCACACCCCCACUCCAGCAUGGUGACAGCCAUGGGCUGACUGGCGGGGGCGCCCCCCCCCCCGCAGGUCCGCCCGCCGUGUUUCGGGGGGGCGGGCGCCGGGGUCUGUCUGGACGCUGCUCUCGGCGUGCGAGAGGACUACGGGGGACGGUGGUUCCAUUUGGACUAGACUCCCCAUUUUGUUUUCUGCCGGGAAGGAUGUGAGUUUUCGGGCGCAGGGCUGCGGGACCCCCCGGCGUUCCCAGGGCGCCUCUGCCGAACGGUCCGAACGGAGGAAGGCAGCGAGGGAGAGGGAGAACGGCCCCCCCCACAUCCUGCUCCGGCCGCCUUCCCAAGCAGAUGGCUGGACGAUCCACAACCAAAGCCACCCGCCCCACUCCUGCCCCGCUCCCUCCCUGUUCCUGCCGUGUUCCUGCCCCGCUCCCUCCCUGUUCCUGCCC